CAGAAAAAAAAGGUGAAGUAACUGGACAAACAAACACAACACCGUUUUGCCUCUUCAUCGUCGUGCAUUGUCAUUGCCCAAAGAGAGAAAGAGAGAGAAGGAGCUUAGAGAGAGAGAGGCCGCUGCCAGAGUUGUCAGCUUCAAAGAACGGAGACGACAACAAGAGCCGAGCCCCACGACGAGAGACGCCUGAACCGCUAAUCCCUCCUUUUCUGCUUGCUUCCCCAUCGAUCCUCUCUCUUCCGCUGCUUCUGCCUUACCGUAAGUAUCCUCCAAUUCUUAUCGUGUUUGGCCUUGUGGAGGAGAAUGGGAAGUGCUGCUGCUGUUGAAGCGAUUCCGUCUCAAGGUUCUGAACCAACCAUUGAGAUAAAGAUCAAAACACUUGACUCUCAAACUUAUACUUUGAAAGUAGACAAGCAGAUGCCAGUUCCUGCUUUGAAAGAGCAAAUUGCAUCUGUUACUGGUGUUUUGUCCGAACAACAACGUCUUAUAUGCCGUGGAAGAGUGCUGAAGGAUGAUCAGCUUCUCUCUGCUUAUCAUGUGGAAGAUGGUCACACCUUGCAUAUGGUGGUCAGGCAACCAGUAGCAUCAUCAUCUGAGGGGAUGCAUGAUCAGCAAGCUGAUCCUGCUUCAUUUUCAAGUUGGAGUCGCAGCUUUGCUGCAGCUGAUCCUUCUGCUACAAUAACAAGCUGGGGCCCAAGUGUUGUUAUAGAAAGUCUCAGUAUGCCUGAUCAAGGGGAUGGAGGAGUUCCUCCUGAAAUAAGUAGGAUUGUUUCUGCCGUCCUUGGGUCCUUCGGAAUGUCCAGUCUUGGAAGUGCCAUUGAUGGGGCUGAUGUAACAAGGGACCUCGGUUUGGGAAGAACAUCAUCUGCUAGUGCCACAUUCGAGAUAAACCAGCAAGCUGGUGCUAGAGUUCAGUCUGACGGAUCACAUAGUGCUUUUGGAAUCCCUGCAGUAGGUUCCUUGGGAUCUUCUUUACACCCUCCUGUUAUCCCUGAUGCACUGACAACUUUGUCCCAGUACCUAAGUCAUAUCAGGCGUGAAUUCAAUCGCAUUGGUACAAGUGGUGAGAACAAUUCUCAAACUGACAACAUCAGUAGAUCGGAGCAAGGAGAUCUUAAUUCCUCUUCAUCAGAAUCUGGAAGUGUAGAGGGAAGACUUCCGACACCGGCAUCCUUGGCGGAGGUGAUCUUGUCCAGUAGAGAGUUGCUCACUGAACAAGUUUCCGAAAGCUUACUACAACUUGGAAGGCAAUUAAGCACUCAAGAAAGUAUGACUGAUUCUUCAGCACGGUCGAGAACUCAAACUACUGCAUGGAGAACAGGAGUUCAACUUCAUAACCUGGGUGCAUUUCUACUCGAACUGGGACGAACAACCAUGACUCUACGACUAGGUCAAGCACCGUCGGAGGCCGUGGUCAAUACUGGCCCUGCAGUCUUCAUAAACUCCACCAGUCCAAACCCUCUAAUGGUUCAGCCUCUUCCUUUCCAACCUGGAGGAGCAACCCUCGGUGCUGGCUUUCCUAUGGGCUCUGUGCAGCCUGGUUCUGGGUUUGUUCCCCGCCGCAUUGACAUCCAGAUACGCAGAGGAGGUUCGUCAACCACCUCGUCUACUGUUACAAAUGAGGAACGUGGUGAGUCUGGCCAGAGAAAUCCUGCAGCAGGUGGCAGUGCCGAUAACACGGCUAAUCAGACCACGACUAGAGAAGAAUCUCUAGCUGGGGAAUCUGGAGUUCGUGUAGUGCCCAUUAGAACCAUGGUUGCCACAGCAGCAGCAACAGUCCCUGGUUCAUUCGGUCAUCCUUUUGUCGGAAGGUUUCAGCAGGUGGGUUCUGAACAAAGAUCUCAUGCACAAACACAGCAACAGGCAGUUCCUCAAACUGCACAAAAUGAUGAAAAUGCUGAAGUUCGGGUAAGAGAGCCCUCGACUACCACCCGUAGCAUUAACAUCAACAUUCUAUCGGCAGCCGGUGGGGCCCGAACUGGCCAGGAAUCUGAUAGACAGGUCCCUGGAAGUGUUAUGCAGUUCCUGAGGUCUUUGUUUCCCACUGGAGAAAUCCAUGUGGAGGCUGCCGGCAGCGACUCAGGAACUACAACGACGACUCCUCCUCCUGCCCCUCAGAAUGUGGGAUCAGCUACAGCUGCCGCUGAAGAAGGAUCAGAAUCGAGACCAAGCGAGGAAGGAUUAUUUCUCUCCAAUUUACUCCGCCAGAUUUUGCCCGUGGUAUCUGAACAUAGUGGGUCAGAGCCAGGUGAUGCAUCUCAAGGAGAAGCACAGAGGUCUCAGGAUUCUUAUAGCCAGGUUGAGAACAAUGGUGUGGGGACUUCCCGUCGUAGCAAUGAUUCACAUCCAAGCAGUCCAAACUCGAAACGCCAAAGGAGGGAGUGAGGAAGCUUUGGUGGAUUGUGGAGGCAGUAGUUUGUGGGGUAGAGAAAGCUGUUGUUGAGUAUCAAUAAUGGAUGAUUUUGGAUUUUCUUUAGUACAGGUGAAUAGCCUAUUUCUAUUUGCUUUUGCGAUCUUUCUGAAUAUAGGUUUUAGUUCGCUUCUCUCUUUUGUCCAAAGAAUUUGGGGAUAUAUUCUGGCAUUUGAAGAACAGAAGAAUUCAUUUUGGUUUAAGAUUCACCUUUUGAGUUGUAUUCUCCCUCUCAAAUUAUACCAACAUACAGAUUACAGAAGUUGUUCCAUAUGAUAGAAGUAGAGAUGCCAUUCAGAUACAGUUGUCUUGGCAGUUGUUGCGCGACAUCGAGAAUCUAGUCGAUGGAUACUGCGUGCAGGCUAAGUGUUCAUACUGGCUGCAUCAAUUGCAAAUUUACCAGCGUGACAAUGGAUGUCGAACUGCACUUUUGAUUUUCUCACAGGUGAUGAGCUCUCAGUGGCAUGAAUGUUAAGCUAGCAAAGAAGUAGCCAAGCGGUAGUGGAUGGCGAACUGCAUUGUUGAUUUUCGCCACAAGUGUUGAACUCGCUGUGGUAAGAACGAUAAUUUACAACCAAAUAGUUGGCUGAAAGGGCUGGUUGGAAGUUUGGAGUUGUUCAUUCCACUUUAGUAAUCACUGUUAAAGACAUAAGCUCACAAUGUGAUCACAUUUAGGAUGAUCUGAUUGUAUCUCAUAUCAAGAUCAAAAUGAGUGGUUCAUAGAGGAUGAAUUAUAUAUGUAUGUACAUCUCAAGACAUUAUGUCCAGAAUUUGAUAUUACAGUUCCUCGACACUGAAUGAGGGCAAGGGGAAAUCUAUUGUUCCCCAGUAUGAAUGUAUAUACAAAAAAGAAAAGAAAAGGAUGUAUGCACCAUUAUUGAUUAGCUUCUUACCCUCCUAAAAGCAUGGGCGAAGAAAACCGAAAAAGAAGACAAUAAUUCUCAGCAUUAUCCUUGUAGCAGACAUCUCAGGUUCUGCAGUCCCUCAGCAGAGAUGCUCCUCCUCACUCUCCCCCUCGGAACUACAGUCGAUGGAGGCGGCUCUGAGUGAAAGCUCACAAUGACAACCGUCAAGUUGUCGGUCGCUCCUCGUUUGAUAGCUUCCUCCACCAUUUCUUUGCAGCACUGCUUCACAUCAUUGUGCUGCUGAAGCCUCCUCCUGGCAAAGUGCACCGCAUUCUGGCUGGAAAACACAUCCCAGAUUCCAUCACAACCUAUGAUCAGAAACUCGUCCUCGUGUGUCAGUGUGAUUAGCUUGAGCUCUGGUUCAGCAAUCAGUGGGCCACCACCACCUUCCUUUUCACCUGUGUCCUUCAUUCCUUCGAGGUGCCAGUCUCCCAGUGCACGUGUAACACCCAAAAGACCGUUGAGAUAACCAUCAUCGACAUAUCCUCCCAAUGACUCGACUCGGAGUCUCUCGAUAAUGCUGCAUGGCCUAUGAUCCAUGGACAGCUCGAUCGCCACUCCACUUCUUGAUAAGACUGCCCUGCAGUCACCUGCAUUUGCUAUGAGCAUUGACCUCCCAAAUAUCAUUGCAGUUAGUGCAGUUGUGCCGGAAGAGAUUGUGGAGCCAGAAGAGCAUGAUUCUGCAAAAGCAGCAUCUGCUUCCACAAAUGAUCGUGUAAUCACUUUCUCGAGCUCAAGAGGAAAGUCAGCAUCUUCAACAAUGAUCCUCGGCAAGUGGUCUCGGACAAAUUGUGCUGCACUUUUCCCCCCAUGGCCAUCGAAUACCUCGUAGAGAGAAAUGGCCUCCUGAGUCAGCAGAUCAUCACAGCCAAACUUCUUAGCCAAGUCACUAAUGCAAACAUAAGUGUCCUCCAUUUCAGGGCGGCCACCAAUAUCAGACCACUCCCCUGACCUGAGGGCAGGGACAAAAUUGGUCAUCUUCCUUUCUGCUGAGACUCUAUCCUCGCAAAUGCUCUCCAGAGGGCAGGAGUUGCCACCGACGCCGGAGGCCAUAAAGGAGGAGUCUUUCUCCCAAUUCUCCAUCUGGGUAUGCUUGCACGGCCCAGCCUGCUUCUUGUUGUUACUGCCGCCGCUGCUUCCUCCUCCGCCGCCGCCACCGCCGUUCUUCAGCAUCCUCUUCUCUUCCUCCUCAACUUCCACUUCCUGGGCAACGCUCUCUGCAUCCUGAACACACAUGAUUCCGGCCCCUCCCUUUUAUGCCGUUUCUCUUUCUGGGUUUCACUUCCCUAUGGCCAAGUGGAAGAGGUUGAGGAUUGGAAAAAAAAAGUGAUCUUUGUUUAUUUAUUCAGAGUCCAAAAGACUGCUGUAGAAGAAGCAAGUUGGAUUCUUUGUUUGUGGUGUGGGUAUCCAAGGAAGCAACUGAGCACAGGGAUGGGGAAAUUGAGAGUAAGAGAGAGGGGAAAUGGGAGGAGAGCAAUUGGAGGUGUGGCCGGGUGGGGGAAGGAGAAGGAUGAAGAAGAUUCUACGGAAUAUGUUUUGGGAGCAAAAUCUGAGGUGCUUGCUUCCUGUUUUGUUUUCUUUCUUUAUAGUUUUGGAAGGUAAAACAAAGGGAAAAGGAAAGAGCAGUGGUUGGGAGGAUGUUUGGCUGAUGGA